AUGCUGAUAGCAAAGCCCCCAACAAAAAGAGGAGAUUGGGAGAAUAAGACCAGGUUGUUGCAGGUGGGAUGGAAGGAGGAAGAAUGAGUACUUGUUGGGUGUGUUGAGUCUGAAGUGCUGGCAAAACAUCUAGGUGGAGAUGCCUAGUAGGUAGUUGUGUCUAGGGCUUGCAAGGGCAGUCAAAGCUCAGUUGCCCCAAAUACCAGAGAGAUGAUGCUAAAGACAACAGGCCAAGAAAUGGCCCAAGAGUUUGGUAAAUGUGAGCUCCCUGAUAGCCUUUGAGCGAGCAGAAUUCAGGUGCCAAAGGCUGAGUAAAUUAUGCAAAUGGUACUGGUAGGAUGGCUGAAAUCAUUUGAAACCCUCUUUAAAGACUGAAAUUCUUGCAUAAACAAAAGGUUUGUAUGUGCUGCUCUUUUAAAAAGGUUGUUAAUGAAAGCAGAAAAAUGGUAAUGCCAGAGGAAGAUAUCAGGGAUUCAUCCCAUUCUUACAGGAAAAUAGUUCCUUGUGCUUUCCAGUUAGCUUUCCAAGAGCAAAAGGAUAGGACAGUGCUCUGCUCCAGAGAGUGGAGCUGAAGGUAUAGAGAUGGGAGAGGGAUGCCACCUUUGACAACUGUUGGUGUGGCAGCAAUUCCUCCUGUGGGACAGAACGGCUAACGGACAGAUGGGUCAGAAUGCGAAUUCCCUAUCUCAGAGAGUAGGGAGGGCUCCCUGCGGCCUCCUCCCUCCAGGAGGUGGGGACAAGGUGGAGCAAGGAUUGCGAGAGGAGGAGCUCCCUCAUCACCACAAGUCCGGUCGCGUCCAGUCUCGCCUGGGCGCCGAGGAAAAGCUCUCCUAAUCGCCGCCACUAGAGUAGCCUGUCCUGGUGCCCCAGUGCCCUGCCCCCAUCCAGUCAUGACCCUGCGCCCCUUAUUCCUGCCCCUCCAUCUCCUGCUGCUGCUGCUCAGUGGGGCGAUGUGCCGGGCUGAGGCUGGGUUCGAAACCGAAAGUCCCGUCCGGACCCUCCAAGUGGAGACUUUGGUGGAGCCCCCCGAACCGUGUGCGGAACCCGCUGCUUUUGGAGACACGCUCCACAUACAUUACACGGGUACCUUGAUAGAUGGACGCAUUAUUGACACCUCUCUGACCAGAGAUCCUCUGGUUAUAGAACUUGGCCAAAAGCAGGUGAUUCCAGGUCUGGAGCAGAGCCUUCUAGACAUGUGUGUAGGAGAGAAGCGAAGGGCAAUCAUCCCUUCUCACUUGGCCUAUGGAAAACGGGGAUUUCCACCAUCUGUCCCAGCGGAUGCAGUGUUGCAGUAUGACGUGGAGCUGAUUGCACUGAUCCGAGCCAACUACUGGCAAAAGCUGGUGAAGGGCAUUUUGCCUCUGGUAGGCAUGGCCAUGGUGCCAGGCCUCCUGUGUCUCAUUGGGUUUCACCUAUACAAAAAGGCCAACACACCCAAAGUCUCCAAAAAGAAGCUCAAGGAAGAAAAACGAAACAAGAGUAAAAAGAAAUAAAUUAUAGUACUUUUUAAA